AUGGGCUUGGAAAAUACCAUUGUCCGGGAUAAAAAUUCUCUGAGCCAAGAUCGUGCAAAGGCCAUGAUCUUUUUGUGCCAUCACAUCGAUGAAGCACUGCAAAUGCAGUAUGUCACGCUGGAAUCCUCACUUGAAUUGUGGGAGAAAUUGAAAGAAAGAUAUGAUCAUUUGAGACUAACAUUGUUGCCAAGGUUGCGCCAUUGUGGCGAAAAUAUAUCUGAGUCUGAUAUGAUGGAGAAAACUUUCUCCACUUUUCAUGCCUCUAACAUGGUUUUGCAGCAGCAGUAUUGCGAAAGAGGCUUCCAGAAAUAUUCUGAGCUGAUCACCUGUCUUUUGCUGGCCGAACAAAAUAAUGAAUUGCUGUUGAAAAAUCACGAAUCUCGGCCGAUAGGUACAAAUCCAUUUCCAGAGGUAAAUACAAUACAACCGGCAAAUCCGGUGCGUGGCCGUGGGCAGGUCAGAAAUCAAAGAAUUGAUCGCGAUCGAAAUCAGAAUCGCGGACGGGGCCGGAAAAACGCAUACAGUCACAAUAAAUAUCAAAACAGACCCCGAUAUGUGCCAAAUCGGCAUUAUAAUGACAGAAGGCCGUACAGACCUCAACAGAGGUUCAACACCAAGAGAAACAGAAACAAUGACGAGAAAUGCACCCGAUGUGGAAUCAAAGCCAUUGGGCCCAUGUUUGUCACACAACCAGUCACUUGA